AUGAAGUUAUCCUAGAAAUUGGAUAUCCCUGUACAAAAGUGGGAUUUUCAUUUGAUAUAGGUAUCCAAAGGAUGUUAAAAUCAUACUCAACCAAAGAAGUUGAUCAAAUUGAAUUCUGAGAAGCCCCUUACAAAUCAAGAUUAUCCUAUGAAUUGA